CGCCGCCGCUGCCGCUGCCGCGGCCGCCUCUACUGGUGGUGGUUUCAGGAAGCGGAAGCAGGAAUGUCGGAGUGUUUUUAAGAAAAGUUUGGGGCAAGUUUGACAGUUCUGGAGCGGAGAGACACACUGCGGUGCAGCCAUGACGGCGUUUUACAUGAUGCCCGUCCUGAUGUAGAGUCGUUGGCCGUCUCUGACGGACUGACCCCAACCACACGCACACGGGUCGAACCAGACAGUGGAGCGCUGACGAUGAACAUAACUGCUGCUACAGGUCGCAGAGGGCAGCCAGAAUGCUUAGCGUCCAUGAAGCGCCGGGCCUGGGCCAAGAGCAGAGACUCCCUGUGGCAGGAGUCCGAGCAGGAGCACUGUGACCCUGAGGACCCCCAGCAGAGCGCAGCAGACGAGGACGCUCAGGCCGCUUCAGACGAACCAGGGCGAGUUCCCAACAAGAUCACCAGCUGGCUGAUUGAAUGCAGGACUCCACUUGGAGCCUCUCUAGACGAUCAAAGUGCUCCUCCCAGCAGAGGGGCACAGAGGAACGGCUGCAGCUUUGAAGAUGACCUUUCACUUGGAGCUGAAGCCAACCAUCUUCAUAACACUAACAACAAGACUGAAUCCUGUUUUGGUCUUGUGGCGGAACAGAAGAGGAGUCAGUUUAAGGAGCGAGGAAGAAGUAUGAACUCUACCGGAUCUGGGAAGAGCAGCACCGUGUCCAGCGUUUCAGAGGUGGCGGCGCGGUCACACGAGCAUCCAGGCCAGAUCCUCCUGACUCCGUGUGUGUCAGAGCUGCUGGAUCUUUACGAGGAGGACCCUGAGGAAAUCCUGUUAAACCUUGGCUUCGGCCGGGAGGAACCUGACUUGGCCUCGAAGGUCCCCUCCAGGUUCUUCAACGGCUCCUCCUCAGCGCGAGGCAUCGACAUAAAGGUCUACCUGGGGGCUCAGAUGCAGCGAAUGGAGGUGGAGAACCCUAACUACGCUCUGACCAGUCGGUUCCGUCAGAUCGAGGUCUUGACCACGGUAGCUAAUGAGUUCUUCAACCUCUACAGUCAGGUCUCUGGCCAGCCCCGGCAGCAGAUUAGCACCAGGGACCAAGACGGUAAGGAAGACGAGGAAGCAGCUGCAGAGUCUUCUCCUCCUCUGAAGAGGAACAACUCUGCGCGUAACAUGGCCAAGCUCCUCUUGAGGAAGAUCAGCAAAAACAACCUGACGGCAGCCUCUGUCUCAUCCGAGUCACCUGACGCGCACGUAGCUAAACAGCACAGUGGACACGGCCCAGAACCAGCACAGACCGACGCGUGCACCGGCCAAGAGCAGGAGAGCAGCGAGGACCCCGACCACCAGGCGGAGACGACCGGUCCCAAACACAGCCGCCGGAAGGACGGCCGCUCCUUGGCAACAGUUACCGAGGAAACCAACGGGGACGGGGAGGCAGAUCGGCCGACGGGCGACAGCCCUGAACAGAGUAGCGCUAGACAAACACCAUCCGGCCAACAAUCAACGAAUCAGACUGACGUGGAGAGGAACCAGGUGUUGAAAGACGUCACCCCGGCCGUGGAGAAACCUCCUCCCGCCCUGGCGCCGCCUCAGCUGGCCCAGCUGCGCAAUGAAAACGCUGACUCUUUCGAUAUCGAGGAGAUUCAGAGCAACGAUGACGAGGUGCCGCCAACCGGAACAUCCAGAGCCAGCGACCUGUCGCGGACGGUCAGCCAGCAGUCGGACAGCAGUGGGUUUGCUGAAGAAACGUCUGCCGACUCCAGCAGCAACCUGAAGGUGCAGGUGAGUAGCGACAGCUGUGACAGCGAGACCACUGUGACAUCACACCCGUCACAGGAUGUGACCACCCCCGUUCCCAUGGACCAGCCGGUGUUUGACUUGCCGGACGCUGCUGUGGCUGAUUUGAAGAGUGGUUCCACGCAGGACACCGGGCAUGAUGGGAAGAGUGGUUCCACGCAGGACAACGGGCAUGAUGGGAAGAGUGGUUCCACGCAGGACAACGGGCAUGAUGGGAGUUCAGAGGAGGUUCCACAGUACACCGCCCACCAGCUCCCAAAGAGACCAGGGGAAGCAGAGCAACCCCUGCUGGAGAGUGAAGACAGGACUGUUCCUCCACCUGAACCAGAACCUAGUGUAUCUGCUUCAGAACAAAAGCUACAGCGUGAUCAGAACCAGAGCGAAUCUGCACCACCCACAGAAGAAGUGGGGGCUGAUGCGGAGGCCCCAGAGCCCAUCUUGAACGGCUCUGGUUCACUUUGUCCUACUCCCUCUCCUUCUCCGGUCCUGGAUGCUCUGAAUCGAGCCAAAGAGCUCCAGAUGAUCAGGGCGGGGCACGCGGGCAGCCCGCAGCCUGACGAGGCGCUCAAGAACCCGGAGCGAGGGCGAGGGCGGCGACGCGCCCCCAUGCGGAGGUCCUCCUCCCUGCCCACAUCGCUCCUCUCCCCCUCCAGGGUCGUGUCCUCGGUCAGGAUCCAGCUGGGGCGAGGCCAAGCGUCCUGCACCAUGCCCAGGUACUCCUUUAAAUACACCCAGGAGACCGAAGGGGGAAGCGAAGAGGAGGCGAAGGACGAGAAGGAGGAGCAGGAGGGGGAUGGGGAGGGUGAAACGAACUGUCAGUCGACUCUAUUCAUAAACCCCGCCUCCUCGUCUGUGUUCAGACAGAAUCCACCGAGGCUGCACACAGAGGCUCCUGCCCCCCCUAAACCCAUCCCACGCUACCUUUUGGACUCGCAGAGCUCCACUCUUCCUCCGGACUUGACGCCCGGCGGCCGGGGCCACUGGAGCACCCAGAGCGUUCCUGAUCUCUCGUCCAACCAGCGUCAGCCUGGAGACUUCCAACAAAACAUCCCCUCCAGACAAAACCAGCAAAGCUGGAAUCCAGGCCAGGUGUCGUCCCCUCAUCCCAACCCUCAGCCUGCAGCUCAGUACGUCAGCCCCGAUCCUAGUCCAGGGUUUAACAGCAACCCGUACCCCUUCCCCACCCUGAAUCCUCCUCUGCAGUACCCCUCCCGUCUCCAACCCUACGGGAGUCUUCCUAACCUCCAUCAUCACCACAGCGCCUCCAGAAACCAUCAUUCCAGUCUCACCAGUCUCCUCCAGCCAGCAGCUCCCACCGUCCCCCAUCAUGGCAGCCCCACCACCCUGCAUCAGCCCCCAGGCCCCACCACUCCUCACUAUGUCAACUCAGCGAGCCCCCAUCCUGGAUCCCCCUUAAUUCACCACCAGGGCUACAGCUACCCAUACAGUCACCAGUUGCCCUAUCACGUCUCACCGUAUGCCCCUUCCUACCUUGGUUACCAUGGCUACAGCAUGUACCCACACCCUGCAUACCCACAGCCUGUCGCCCACUGUCCACCGCUGGUCCCCGAACAUGGCCUCCACCCGGCUCUGACCCCCCCUGCUCCGGGGUUCUUCCCAGGCCUCGGCCAGGCUCUCGGCCUCCAACCAGGACUCGCUCCACCUGCUCCUCCAGGUCCAGGAUCCAACCAGGGCCCGUCCAGUACUGAGAUGCAGUUGAGGAAGGUUUUGCAUGACAUCAGAGGGACAGUUCACAGUCUGAGCCAGAACCGAGCUGACACUCCCGACGGGUUCAGUGAGCGCAGAAGAUCUUCCAGCCAGCAGUGUUUGGUGGAGUUUCAGCAGAAGAGGCGAAGUCUCAAUUACUUCCGUAAUCAGAUGAUGGACUUGGAGCUGUCAAUCAUCCGACAGCAGGCUGUGGUCUACAAACACCUGAGCCCUGCUGACAGGCUGGAGGUGGAGCAGCUUCAUUCUCUGCGUUCGGCCGUUAGAGAGGAGCUACAGGAGCUGGAACAACAGCUGGAAGACCGACUGAUGGAGCUGACGCAUCACGGGGGUCUCCACAGGGACAACAGUGUUGACAGCCUGUCCACCGCGUCGGCCCUGAGAGCCAUGGAGCCGAUGUCCGAGCUCCUCAGGGAGCAGCUCUACCUCCAGUCGGAGCUCAGCUACGACGGCCAGGCUCUCUCCACCGGCGCUUCCUCUCGAUCGACCAGUCCAGUCAGAGGAGAUGGUGGAGAUGACGAGCAGAGGCGAAGCGUGUACCGGGCGUCAAUCAACAUAACCCCCACCCUCCCGCCUCGACCCAUCACUAACACUGUGGAGGAGGAGGACGAGGGCGAGAGGGACACAGGAGGAGGAGGAGGAGCAGGGGGAGGUGGUCGUAGAGAACUCCCAGAGGAGACGGGAGCUGCAGAAGGACUCGGUCUUCAGCAGCUCAUCAAGGAGAUUCGGCAGAGCGUGGCGCGGGAGGUCCGACAGGAGAUCUACAGCGAGCUGCUGGCUGCGGUGUCGCCGCGGCACUCGCCGCUGCCUGGCAGGCAGCAGCCGCUGUAGCCGCCCCCGGCAGAGCCCCCCCCCAACCCCAGCCUGAACAGUACCACUGUCUUUUUCCUAACACUGUAUCACCGAGUAACACUGUCUGUGUGGAACACUACGUGUCUGUAGCACUGUACGUCUUUAACACUGAUGAUCUGAACAACCGCGCGACGCUGCCAACGCCACGCGUUGCCCGGAAGCACGAGGUGGAACAUGGACCGCACACGUGCAGAGAGCACGUAUCCCAGCGUCCUGCUGGACGAACCAGUCUGAACACACCACCACCAGCGUCCUUUUCACCAUGAGCCAUGUCUUUGUCACAUCCACUUUCCUGUCAUGAACAAACUAUCACUACUAGUAGUAGUACUGUUAUACUACCACUAAUGCCAGUGGAGUUCUUCAUGUGGUCCCACAUAACACAACUACACUUCAGGCUUUGUCCCACAAAACAAACCUAUACUACAAUUGUGCCAAUCCACGCACAUGCCGUAAUUUAUGAUGCUGAGGUUCAAACUGAGCUGGUAUUAAAGUUACUCCAUUCCAUGCACAUUUCACCUUAAUCUAAAAGAUUUAAGAGACGUUUGAGGGGCCUUGAUGUUAAAGCUGACAUCUUCCCCUCUAGAGCAUCGGCGUCAUCAAUGCUUAAUCCACCAGCUACUUAAAACAUGGUUUAGUUCACAAUAACUGUCGACAUGUUAGAGUGAAAGCUAAAGGCUUUGGUUGGCCUUUAUUAGCUAAUGAGCAACAGCAUUGUUUGUGCUUAGCGAGACUAAAUGUGUGGUGACAACGUGCAGCACUUUACAGAGGCAGGUUUCGGAAUGUUGCCGUGGCAACAAUGUCAGCAACGCUUUAGCCAGAGGGAGGUGCUGCGAGGGGGUGGUGGUGCCCAUACCUUAGUUGCAUUAGCAUGUUAGCUUGGGCAACAAAAUCUAUGUGCAAUAAUAUGAACACACAAAUUAUGUUAUAUAAUAAUAUGAACACAAUAAAUCACUGCAAACAUUUCAGGUGUGGUUGCCAUUCUGCACUACUUCACCACACACUGUCUAACCCCAGUUAAUCCACUUUUUAGCUCGGAUGCAUUAAGCAACUUAUAAUUUACUGAUUAGCAUUUUGGAAUAUGUGUUUCCUUGAGCAUUAAAGCCUAUUCAUGUGGUCACUUGCAUGUUUCUGUAUAGACAUUUGUAGAAGGCUAUCAUUUUUGUAGCUGAGGUAAAACAAAACACCUGUAAAUCUCAAAACCUCUUUUUUUUUAUUCUGAAAACAGUUCCACAAAAGUUAAAAGCUUCACCUACUAAUGACUUGGAGCAUUCCAACUAGUGACAGUCAUUCAUCAAAUGUCACAAACAAGUGGAGCUUGCUAAUGUGUGUAUUUAGUCUCUUUUAUUACAUUCUCUACAUUGCUAUUAACUGGAGCUAUUAAUUGUAAAUUAUCUUUGUUAUUUUUUCAAAAUAUUAGUUUUUCUUUUUUAAUUUUUUAAAUUUGCUUAGAAACUUGGCUCUGCUGGAACAAACUCACUGUGAGCUCUGAGGCUAUUAAUAUAUUUUUGUUUUCUUUUUAUUUUUUACUGAGACGCUCUUUUACAUGCAUCUAAUUACACUUUACUGUCUUCUUGGUGUUCAUUAAUUUGUAUUGAUUCCUUUUAAUAUUGAUGUGCAUUUUAUACUGAUGUCUUGUCAGUGCAUUGCAGAGGAGGGAUCACUCUGUAGAGAGGAGAAUAAUAAAGAUGUAUUUAUUGUACA